UGGGCUCCGCUAGCACAGCCGGUUCCUCUUUACAUAACGGCGCGAGGCGGCAUGGGCUCGGGCCACCGCCUCCGCCCGGCCGCCCGCCCGGACUGUCGCGGCCCGUGGUGGCGACGGCGACGGCAGCAGCAAAGUUUCCCCGGCGGCGGCCCGGGGGCGCAUCCCCCCGCAACUGUCAAGCGCUGGCGGCGGAAAUGAUGAGGCGCUGGCCAUUUUCCGAGCCCGGGUUUCCUGCCUGAGCCCCGCUCGAGCGAGCCGCGAGCCAGGAGCCGGCGCGCGGGAGAGAACGCGCCCGGGGCGGGGGCCCGCCCGCCCCCUCGGGAUUUCGGGGGGCCGGGGGCGCGCGACGCCAUGGGCCGGCCGGGCCCGUACCCCCUCUCUCUCAGCCUGGCCGCCCCACCUCGGUCUCCGCCAUGAACGGGCCCACCCUGCAGCCCUCCUCGGCCUCCUCCGCAUCCUCGCCCUCCUCGUCGGCCGCCGCGUCGUCGCCGUCCCCGCGGGGCUGGAGCGAGUUCUGCGAGCUGCACGCGGUGGCCGCGGCCCGGGAGCUGGCGCGGCAGUACUGGCUCUUCGCGCGCGAGCACCCGCACCACGCGCCCCUGCGCGCCGAGCUCGUGUCGCUGCAGUUCACCGACCUCUUCCAGCGCUACUUCUGCCGCGAGGUACGCGAGGGCUGGACACCAGGGCCACCGGGGACCCGGGCCGCGCCGCCCGCGCGCGACUACCGGGACACGGGCCGCGGGCCCCCGUCCAAGGCCGAGGCAGCCCCGGCCGAGUCGGGCCCGGGUCCCGCCGCCCCUGCGCUGCCCAAGGCCCGUAGCUCGGAGGAGCUGGCCCCGCCGCGACCGUCCGCCGCCUGCACCUUCCAGCACCUGCGCCACAGCCUGCGCCACAUCCUGCGCCGCGGCUCGGCCGUGGAGCUGCCGGCCGCCACUGGGGCCGCGGGGGAGGCGGGGGAGGGCCCGGCCCGCUCCGGCCUGGCCAGGAAGCUCCUGCCCUGGAGCCUGGCCCGCGAGCCGCCGCCCGAGGCCCUCAAGGAGGCGGCGCUGCGCUACAGCCUGGCAGACGAGGCGUCCAUGGACAGCGGGGCGCGCUGGCAGCGGGGGCGGCUGGCGCUGCGGCGCACCCGGGGCCCCGACGGCGGUGCGGACCGCGUGCUGGAGCUCUUCGACCCGCCCAAGAGUUCAAAGCCCAAGCUACAAGCAGCCUGCUCCAGUAUCCAGGAGGUUCGGCGGUGCACACGCCUCGAGAUGCCGGACAACCUCUAUACCUUUGUCCUGAAGGUGAAGGACCGGACAGACAUCAUCUUUGAGGUGGGGGACGAGCAGCAGCUGAAUUCCUGGAUGGCCGAGCUCCGGGAAUGCACAGGCCAAGGCAGGCUGGAGAACACAGACCCAGAGACGCACACUCCCUCAGCCCCCGAGUCUGGCACAUCCAACUCCCCACGGGGAAGCACAGAUUCCCUGAACCAAGGUGCUUCUCCUGGGGGGAUGCCGGACCCAGCCUGUCAGAAAACAGAUCACUUCCUGUCCUGCUAUCCCUGGUUCCAUGGCCCCAUCUCCCGGGUGAAGGCAGCCCAGCUGGUUCAGCUGCAGGGUCCCGAUGCUCACGGAGUGUUCCUGGUACGGCAGAGCGAGACACGGCGAGGGGAGUAUGUGCUCACGUUCAACUUCCAAGGCAUAGCCAAGCACCUGCGCCUGUCGCUGACCGAGCGAGGCCAGUGCCGAGUGCAGCACCUCCAUUUCCCCUCCGUCGUGGACAUGCUCCACCACUUCCAGCGCUCUCCCAUCCCACUCGAGUGCGGGGCUGCCUGUGACGUCCGCUUGUCCAGCUAUGUGGUCGUCGUCUCCCAGCCACCAGGUUCCUCCAACACCGUCCUGUUCCCUUUCUCCCUUGCUCACUGGGAUUCGGAGCUGGGCCUUCCCCACCUUAGCUCUUCUGGCUGUCCGCGAGGGCAUGGCCUGGAGGGUCCCCCCAGCCGGCCCUCCCCCCCAGAGCAGAUAUUCCACCUGCUGCCUUCGCCCGAGGAGCUGGAAAACAGCCUGCGGCACCUGGAGCCUGAAGCUGCCAGUCGAGCCCGGGACUCAGACUACGAAAUGGACUCCUCCUCCCGGAGCCAUCUACGGGCCAUAGACAAUCAGUACACACCUCUCUGACCGGCGGUGAGGAAUCCUGGGCCUCACACAUGGCCCUGAGGAGCACAAGCAAGCAGAGAUGUGAACUUGUGAAUGUAAUUUUCUUUCCUUCCUUCCAGAGAGAGAGUUAAGGGACACUGUUAACUGCUCCAGUUUCGAUGUGACCCUUCUAUUUGGCCUGUUAAAGGGCCUCCUGUAAGUUUCAUCGCCCACCACCUGUUUACAGAUGUAGUUCUUGUUCACAGAUGCCACCAGUUCCUGCCCUGAGUCCCCAGGACCAGUCCCAUCCUCUUACGGGAGGUGGUGGGUGAGGGCCAGAGCUGGCGGCAGAAUCUGGGCUCUCUUUUUCACUGACACUGUCACAGCUGAUGGCAGACUUACGGGGCGGGGGGGGGGGGGGGGUGUUGUCAGGAAGCCCAAAACACUAACAAGCCCUGGAUUCUCCUAUGGUUUGCCUGUUGUUGCCUCAGUCCACGUGGCAGGUCUGCCGUCACCCACGUCAUAGGUGAACACACCACUCCUGCUCUGACUCUCAGCUUUAGGACAAAGCUCAAGGUUAAAAAAAUUUUUUAAACAUUUUACCUCAGAUUAAUUUUUCAAAGAAUUCAGGUUUCCAAACUCAUUUAUUGCUAUGUCAUUGCACUCUUUAAACUAAUACCCAUGCGAUUUUGUAGUUCAGAGACAGCUAUGCAAACCCUACCUGACUAGUUCCCAGUCUGAGCCAGCACGCCUGGCUUCCACGUCUUUCAUCCUCAGGACAGUCACCUGCUGCUGAGUAGCCACUGUCCUUACUAAUGAAGAGAAGUGAAAUCCGUCACCCUUUCAGGGAAAUUCAGGCGAUUACUGAAAUAGGAGGGUGGCAAGGAAUAAUUCUACCCUGGUGCCUUAUGAAUAAAAAACUGGAUUCUGGUUAA